CUUUCCAUCGAUGCUGGCAUCACUACAAUGACUGGUUACUGCGACAUCGACUCUAUGCUCACUGCUGCCUACCACAACACUAGCGCUUCUCAACCUAAGCGCUUCAGUGCCUUUUCUCAAUCAUCCUCUCCUCGCGGCUCCACAUCAAACCAACAAACUCCUCAACAAGAAGAAGCUUCAUCAGUAGAAGCACCUGCUUCACCAGCACUUGGCCGUCCUCGUGGCCGCGUACCUCACACGGCCGUCGAGCAACGCUACCGCGCAAACCUGAACGACAACUUCACACGUCUGCGCAACGCAGUACCUGAGAUUGCCACUCUGCAACCCGCAAGAAGCGGACAACCUCCCAAGCCAUCAAAAGCUGAGGUCCUCGCUGCCGCUGCCGAAUACAUCAGGCAACUCGAAGAGGAGAAUGAGAUGCUCAGAGAGAGCAUGAUG